ACAAGUCUGGAAACUCUUGUAAGCAUAGCUUGGCUAACCCAACCAAAUUGUUGUUCUCUCACUUACUCACCCUUCUCAGUUAGUUCUCAUGUUAUGAUUCAAUCUCACAGAGAAUCUUAUGAUUCUUUGAGUGAGCAGAGAGAGAGAGAGAGAGCAAGACACCCCUCCCUCUAAGAAAUGCGGUCAAUUCCUCUGGGAACCUCAGUAUCUCCAACUCCUAUAAACACCUCAAAGUUAUCACCUUUCAGUGUUAAUUUUAAGAAACCAACCACUUUCCCAUCUUGGGGUUCAACUCCUCCUCAUGAAUUCUCUCUCUCCCAAUCAGGAUUAUGUAGAGCAAGUCAAGUUGUUGAUUUGUUCCCGACUGUGUCUCCUGAAAUUAUUGUUCGGGAGGCCAGGCUAGAGGACUGUUGGGAAGUGGCAGAGACUCACUGCAGCUCCUUCUUCCCUGAAUAUUCCUUCCCAUUAGAUUUUGUGCUGAGAAUGGACAGAUUGGUGGCCAUGAUGGCAGGAUUCACUCUACCAAACGGUUGCAAGAGAAUUUGUUUGGUUGCCGUUACUGGCAACUCAUUUGGUGAAACUGUAUUAUUUGGAAGUGAAGAUUUCAAGGUUGGUGGUUUUGAUGGGAAAAUCAGCCUCAACAAGGGAUAUGUGGCUGGUAUAUUAACAGUGGAUACUGUUGCAGACUUUCUUCCUAGGAAGGGGCCAUUGCGACAGAGAAGGACUGGAGUUGCAUACAUAUCGAAUGUGGCAGUCCGGGAAAAAUUUAGGCGAAAGGGAAUAGCUAAACACUUGGUAGCAAAGGCAGAAUCACAAGCCAGAAGUUGGGGGUGUCGUGCUAUUGCAUUGCACUGUGAUUUGAAAAACCCUGCAGCCACAAAGUUAUACCAAGGCCAAGGUUUCAGGUGUAUAAAGGUUCCAGAAGGAGCUAACUGGCCACAUCCAAAGACCUCACCGGAUGUAAAGUUCAACUUCAUGAUGAAGCUUCUCAACAAUUCAACUGUUUCUAAAUGAAUUAAAUACUCCUGAGUAGGGAAGAAUUGUGUUCUAAAACAUAAUGUAUUUUAAGAAGAAAAAUCCACAAGAAAAGGACCGUCUGUUAUUGAAUUGUGUACAUGAAAAAACCAACGAAUUAGAGGAAAAAUCACUUGAGAACCUUUUAGGUUGCUCCAGUAGCAAACAUUCGUGUAUAGUAAUUGGCAUUCUUUGGUAUCUGAAAUUCUGAAUGCAUUCAGACAAAUAACAACGACCAGAACUGGAGUUA